CCCUCUCUCUCUCUCUCCCUCUCUCCCUCCCUCUCUCUCCCUCCCUCUCACCCCCCUCUUUAGUUCAUCCAUGUUUUCCUCGUUCGUUUUGUUGUUGUGUCUCCUCUCACCCGUGUGUCUCUCUGCUGUUGUUAGUCUGCGCUGAUCCUCAGGUGUGUGAUCAGUGAGUGCAUGUUUGUGUUCAGCCGUCAGUCUGAUGGAUUUAUUUUGAAAGUCUGCCUCAUUAGACAAACAGGAAGUGUGUCAUCAGCUGUGUUCACACCUGUCAGGUGUGUGUAUCAGUGAAGUCCCAGGCUGAGACUGAACGUUGAAACACCUGUUAUAAAUCACAGUUAUCUCACCUGAGCCCCCCCCCCUCCUGCAGGACCCUGGGCCCCUCCCCCCCUCCCCCCUCCUGGGACAGAAGCCGCUGCAGUUACUGGAGGUUAAAGCUAGAGGGCGCUUCGGCUGUGUGUGGAAGGCUCAGCUGCUGGACCAGUAUGUAGCUGUGAAAAUCUUUCCUAUCCAGGUGAGUCUGAGCCGCCCUGAACGCACCUUCACAGGUCAGCGGUCACAUGACCCUGAAUUAACCCUUUCACUGGAGGACGUGUGAACUCUUGUAGUUAUUUAACCAGAGCUCUGUCCUCUGUCCUGAAUAACAGUUCUGUACUCACUGCCUCCCUCUGCUGGUAGAAUCAUGUUUUACACUUGUCCAGGUACACUGAGCAACAGAGUCCCAACACAGAGCGUUCAUGAACGUAGUCCUCACACUGUACUGAAUACCUGUGUGUGUGUGUCUGUGUGUGUGUGUGUGUGUGUGUGUGUGUGUUCAGGAUAAGCAGUCGUGGCAAAAUGAGUACGAGAUGUUUAACAUGGUCGGGAUGAAACACGAGAACCUGCUGCACUUCAUCGGAGCAGAGAGGAGAGGAAGUCACCUGGACAUGGAGCUGUGGCUCAUCACUACCUACCAUGAGAAGGUGCUGCCCCCCACAGGACACGCUGGGAACUGACACAUCAACAUUCACCACCUGCAUAAAUAAUAAUCAGCUGUGUGUUAAUGACUGAACAGAGAGGGCUGUUAGAGAACCACACAGACACGACACUGACAUGAUACAGACACUGACAUGAUACAGACACUGACAUGAUACAGACAGAACAUGAUAUUGACAGAACAUGAUACUGACAGACAGAACAUGAUCCAGACAGAACACGAUAUUGACAGAACAUGAUACAGACACCAUUUCUUAAAGGUGUUGUAGUUCAGGAUCUGAGUUAGUUCCAGUUUUUAGGAGAAAUCUUGAAUGUAAACUCUACCCCUCCAAACAGUUCUCCUCUCAGCUCCUCCCCUCCCUCUCUUAAGCCCCGCCCACAAACAGACGCUCCUGCUCGCUCGUAUCGUUCCAGUUAAAUUCAGAUAUAAUGCAGAUAAAUCCUUCAGAUCAUUACAAAUGGGGCCCAGUCAAGGUGAAAGUCAAAAGCAUUGGUGCUACUGUAGAUGCCAACAGACUACCAGCAAACACAAUGUUUGCAGGACUUCUACAACUAGGAUAAAGUGACAUAGUCCAGGACCCGAGGGAGGACAGUUUAGCGAUGGCGCUACAACACGCUACAGCAGGUCCGUUUGACAAGAAACACUUCCGUUACAGACACUUGUCUUACUUUGUUAAAGCGGUUUACCUGUCCAGCAGAAAGGUUACAGGGUCACCAAGAUCCCCAAGCGUCCCCCAUCGUUUAUGUUGACCCGGCUUUUUAGCUCUUGUCCGCUCUACCUCCGUUUUAAGCGCCCGUUAUUCCUCCAGAGUCUCCGGUAUUUACUUUGUUUUCUUGCUUGUGUCGGCAGUCGUGGCCAAAGGAGGAUUCAGACAAUUUUCCGAACUUUCUGGUUGGUUUCUACUGUCCGAUAUUGUAGCACGCUAACUUUGUUUGGGCUCCUGAACGACACGGGGGAGCAGCGUCUGCCUCACAACCAAUCAGGUUAGAGGAGGUGGAGAACGGCUUUGUUUACAGUCAGAAAGAGCGGACCGCUCAAAAAUGUUCAAAUGUUGACGACACAGACAUAAGAGAACACAGAGAUAUCGAUAUAUUACCAAAUGUCAUCAAUAACUAAUAACUAUUGACUGAUAUUAGAAGAGUUUUUGUAAAUACACAAAAUAAAAAGAUGCUUCUUUAACAGCUUCCUGACUACAACACCUUUAAUUUAGUACAGACAUAUUUAUGGAUAAUUCUGAUUCAUCACCUGUACUUACAGCGAAGGAUUGUGGGUAAUUAGCACAUACUAAUUCUGAUUGUCAGGUGUGGAGCUGUGAUCUAACUGAUAUCCAUGUUAUAUGACGUGUGUGUGUGUGUGUGUGUGUGUGUGUGUGUGUGUGUGUGUGUGUGUUCAGGGCUCUCUCACAGACUACCUGAAGGCCAACGUGGUCUCUUGGUCUGAACUUUGUCUCAUCGCUCAGUCCAUGUCUCGCGGUCUGGCCUAUUUGCAUGAGGACAUACCUGGACACAAGGACGGACACAAACCUGCUAUUGCUCACAGGUAAACACAGGUGCAGAGAGGGGCGGGGGGGUGGAGAUCCCAGGUGUGUGACAGGUGUUACUGUGUGUGUGUGUGUGUGUGUGUGUGUGUGUGUGUGUGUGUGUGUGUGUGUGUGUCUUCCAGGGACGUUAAGAGUAAGAACGUCCUGCUGAAGUCCAACCUGACCGCCUGUAUCGCUGACUUUGGACUGGCUCUCAGGUUUGAGGCGGGAAAAUCUCCAGGAGACACACAUGGACAGGUGAGUGACUUAGUCGGUGUAAAUCGACACGUUAACUUGAAUGUUUACGAUCAGCUACGAUCGGAGGAUACGACCUUUUAGGAGACGAUCAGGAUGAAGGUGGAGGUUGGGGGUGAAGCUGUUUCCUGUUAUUUCAGAAUUCCCACUCCGAGGGUCCCACUGUAACAACAGGCCUGUGUGUGUGUGUGUGUGUGUGUGUCAGGUGGGGACCAGGAGGUACAUGGCCCCUGAGGUCCUGGAGGGGGCGAUAAACUUCCAGAGAGACGCCUUCCUGAGGAUCGACGUGUACGCUCUGGGUCUGGUUCUGUGGGAGCUCGCCUCUCGCUGUAAAGCUGCUGACGGUAAGAGAGUCAUGAGGGGACGCAGGUGCUGUGGUCCGUCUGUUACCUUGUGUUUUAAAGUGUGUGGGCUCAAGGACUCAACAUGAAACCUGCCCCCCCCCCCCCCAGGUCCGGUUGAUGAGUACAUGCUGCCGUUUGAGGAGGAGGUGGGUCAGCACCCGUCUCUGGAGGACAUGCAGGAAGUGGUCGUCCACAAGAAGCUGAGACCGCUGCUCAGAGAGUGCUGGCAGAAACACACUGUGAGUCACACUACAUUACCCACAAUACACUGCUCACAGCUAUAGAUGUAAUACUGUACGACUAAACUGAGCGGUGUUGAUUUCACAGAUCAAUAUUCCAUCAACACUUUUCAUAGACUGAACAAAUGAAUAUUUACAUACUUCUCCACCGUGGAGCAGAGACAGAGUUCGACAUCAACUCUGAUUUAAAGUUUCAGUAGAAUAACCGUGAAGUAAAAUCAAACACGUUUCACUCAUGUCCUUUUUUCACUCCUCUUCACUCCUCCUCUUUCAUUGACUCUUUUCUCCGGUUGGAGGGUAAAUAUAAUAAAUAUAAUAAACAGAAUAAACGUUUGAACCAAAGGGAUCAAUAAUCUAUAAUCCACAACGUCUUUACUGCACAGAGUCUGAGACACCAAAUCAACCCGGUUUUUCCAGGAGUUUUUAAAAGUCCAGAUGAGAAAGUCAGCUCCUCCUGAUUCUAUAUUUAUCGAUCAUUACCUCGAACCAUCUGUUCAUCUGUUUUUAGACACUUUCUACUGAUGGUCUUUUUAGUCCCACCAACAUGAUUGUUAAUCUGUGUUUUUCUCCUGAUUCUCUUUUCACAAAUAUAAAACUUCAAAUCUACGUGGAAGUUUUCAAAUGUUUUCCAUCCUCUUUUUUAAUCUCCUGACAAUAAGGUAUAAAACCAGAACAUCCUCACAAAUAAAGUAUCUGACAAUAUUCCUCCAACCAGAUUCUCUCCAUCAGAGGGAGCAUGUUGUUUUUUUGUUGAUGUUUCCCUCACAGACUCUCUUUCACAUUUUUCUUUCAUAGAUCUUUUCUUUGUUGCCCUUUAAUUUUCACAGUGUUGAUUCUGAAGUUAAUCAAGUUUUUUGUAGAACAGAAACUGACCUGUAACAGGACCUCUUGACUGUGACCCUCAGAGACUGUUCCACGCCUGUUAACACGUCUACAUACAUGAUCAUAAUAACAUAUUUAACAUAUAUAUAUAUAUAUAUAUAUCUGCUCUGUUAAAAUGACCCCACAGCGCCCCCUACAGAAGGUCUCACUUCAGUGGGGAGGUGUCUUCUCAUUUAUGUCCCUCCUGAUGUUCCUAAAGAAGCUGAGGGAGGGGGCUGCAGUCAUAGCGCCCCCUGCUGUAAGGCCGCAGUGUUGAUCUGUCAUCAGUACAGCAAAAACAGAGGUCCCUGUGGUCAUGAGAAAAAAAGGUUCCCACAUGGUGGCACAGUUCAGCGUCAGAGUUCUCCUUGGAGGCUGUUGGAGUAACUGUGGUGUGUUUGGCGCCCCCUGCAGGGCUUGUCUUUGCUAUGUGAGACCAUCGAGGAGUGCUGGGACCACGAGGCAGAGGCAAGGCUGUCGGCCGGCUGUGUGGAAGAGCGCAUCGUCCAGAUGCAACGCCAGACAACCGUCACUGCACCCGAGGAGAUUGUCACUGUUGUUACCAUGGUAACCAAUGUGGACUACCCACCAAAAGAGUCUAGCCUAUGAUUAGGCAAGGGGCCAAUCAGGACAGUGCAUGGACUCCCACAGUGAGCUCUUCGUCACUGAAGAAACACUCAGGUCAGGUGACCUGGCAGGUGAUCAGGUGACCUGCUAAAGGUCAGGUGAGCUGGGGACAGCAUGGUGCAAACUCUCUGUCUCCCCCUCUGGGGGCGAGUUACACUGAAAUCAGUUCCUUUUGUAUUAAAAAGCCUUUGUGUUAGACCUUUUGUAAAACUGAACUGUGAGAUAAACAGAGUCUGUAAACAGAGUUUAUGUGACAGAGAGUAAAGAGAGUACAGGGGUGAGUGUGAACAGAGUGAGUGUGACACAGUGUGACAGUGCGUUUAUACAAAUACUGGGAACAGAGGGAGUUUAAACAGUGAGUGUAAACAGAGUGAGUGUAAACAGAGUGAGUGUGACACAGUGUGACAGUGCGUUUAUACAAAUACUGGGAACAGAGGGAGUUUAAACAGUGAGUGUAAACGAGAGAGUGUAAACAGUGAGAGUGUAAACAGAGUGUAAACGGAGUGAGUGUGAACUUAGUACAUAAAAGUAUAUAGUGUUGUCAACGUUGAAUGGAAAAAGUGAGUCUGAAAGGAGUGAGUGUAAACACUGAAUAUAAGUAAAGCCAGUGAGUGUACAAAAAGUGUUGUUAGGGUGAAUGUUAACAGAGUGUGUGUUUGCAGUGUUAGAAUAAGUGUAAACAGAGCGGAUGUAAACAGAUGUGUAUUUACAGAGUGUAAUCAGGGUGAGUCUGAACAGUGAGUGUAAACAGUGUAGAGGGAGAGGAAACAGUGAAAACAGUGUGUGGUCUUUGUGAGUUUGAAUUGAGUGAAUGUAAACAGAGUGGUCAGGAUGAGUGUGUGUAAACUGAGUGUUGUUAGGGCGAGUGUGUGUAAACUGAGUGUUGUCAGGAUGAGUGUGUGUAAACAGAGUGUUGUUAGGGCGAGUGUGUGUAAACUGAGUGUUGUCAGGAUGAGUGUGUGUAAACAGAGUGUUGUUAGGGCGAGUGUGCGUAAACAGAGUGUUGUCAGGAUGAGUGUGUGUAAACAGUGUUGUCAGGAUGAGUGUGUGUAAACAGUGUUGUCAGGAUGAGUGUGUGUAAACAGAGUGAAGUUGUGAGUGCAGUUUUUAAGGUUGUGUAACAGCUCCUGAAUGUGUGACUCAGCGCUGUUUGUAAAUAGAGAUUAUUUAUAAACAUUUAUUCCUAAUCCCAGCCACACAGUCUGAUCCUUCGAUAUUUGACUUUGAUGAUUAUCACUUUUAUUGUCUGCUUUGUUUCACACCUGAACUGUCAACAUUAAAACACUUUGAUCACUUUUCUAUGAAGGACAGUCAGAACAGCUGAUUUAAGCCACAAACUGAAAGAUCAGAAACCACUAAAUUCAAAACAAACCGUUCAAUUUACAAUCUGUUUUCCUAUAGAAGAGUUUAUUAAACAGUAUUUAUAAUAAUUACAGUUUCUAACAAUAAUGAAAAUCACUCUGGGUAAAAACAGAUGAUUGUUAAUGUCUUCAUUUAUCUGAAAUAUGAUGAUCAAAACAAACUGGUACUAAUAACACAGAUCAGCUGAUCAACUUUACUGAUCAGCUGAUCUGUGUUAUGGACCAGCCGAACAAUAACAUUGAUUAGCUGAUUGAGUGUUACGCUGUGAAAAAGACUCAUCAGUUUGAUUUCAGUGUUAGCUGUUAAAAAGCUGAACAUGAUCCAGAGAAUGACUAGACAGACUUUUAUUUUGAAGUACUUCCUGUAUGUGUGUCUGAUUCUGCAGAGCCUCCAACCCGAAAUAAUUUAAAGGAAUUGGACGAUAAUAAUAAAUACGUUUAUAUUUAUGUGAUUUGAAAAGAUGUAUUUUAUUAUUAUUAUUAUUAUUAUAUAGAAACAGCAAAAUGAAAUGAAGAAAUAUAGAAUUAAAGUGAAAAUGAAUAUUUAAAAGAAAACAAUCUUUUAUCUUUUCUAGAUGAAAUAUAAGUGAAUGCUGCUGUAGAAAAACUAAAGUCAGAACUCUGGAAAAGUCGAUUCGAUGAGGCUCUGACGUUUUGCACCUUCAGAUUUUUGGAAAACAUUUUUAUUUUUAGUUUCCAGGAAAGAAUAAAAACAGGACCUUGUUAGUACCCAGCAUGCACUUCUCUGGUUUUAAACCCCUCUGAGGAUCUCACCCUCUGGAGUGUUACAGGAUUCAGUUGAUUUCAUGUUUUCUUUCAAAAUAAAAUAACCCAGAAUCAGGUCAGUCAGACUUUAACGCUCCGGUGAGGGUUCUGGGUUGAUUGUGGCGCCGCUCUGUUGGACACACAGUACCUCUUCACCCGGUUUCAUCCGUCUGUGUCGAUUAUUACGAGUUACAAACUCGUCAGCAGAACAUGAAACCCUCACCUUUACCUGACGGAGUCGACAGGAACAGAGAGCAACAGGGAGGCGUUCAGGGACCUCCAGGAAAUCACAACACUGACAGAUUCUCACAGCUCUGAACUCUGACUGUACUGACUCACUCCUUCACAACCUCCACACUGGAUUUAUUAUAGAGUGUGUGUGCACGUGCGUGUGUGUCUGUGUGAAACAGAAGCAGUUUGUUUAAUGGGUGUGUGUUGUGUUCAGGUGCAGUUUGUAAAUAUGAGCGUCGUUCAGCAUGAGUUUGUUUUUGUAAAGUCGAUAUUAAAAAAUGUUUUUAUAUGAAGAAGAAAAACAAUCUGAGCUCAACUUUUAUUUUGAAAAUCUCAGUGUCCCUGCUGGUGCUCUCCUUAUCAUCAUGACCUCAUCAAUUAUGAAAACAGGAAGUGUGACAGUGAGUUUGUUUUAUUUUGAAAAACAGCUCUGUGUGUGUGUGUGUGUGUUUGUUUUGGUUCUCUGCGGGAGUUUAAAAUCAGACAUUAGAGAGUCAUUUAAAUGAACAGACAUGAAUGUCACACACACACACACACACAGCAGACUGUUCAGUGAAGCAGUCCAUCCUUUUGUUCUGUCAGUACCAGCGUGUCAUUAAUGUGAGGUGAUCAUGUGAUCAUGAGGUGGUCAUGUGACUUCAGACGGAUCAGACGACAGCGAUGAAUCGGUGUUUGACAGGAAGAUGAACUCGUAAAUUAAAAAAGGAAAAUAAUAAAUAAAGGGAGAAAAAAAACCA